CGGCGAUCUCUCCCUAUCCUUUCCUGCAACACAAAGCCACACAAAAACAACACCAGCGAUCGAAUCGAAUCGAAUCGAAUCACCACGCACCACGACGACAAGGCACCUCGCCGAGGUCCUCGGUCCUCCAUCCCACGGCCGCCAUGACCAUCCUCGCCUCGCUCCUCUCCCCAUCCCCUCCCCUCACCACCUCCCCGCAUCCCGCGCCCGCCCAGUCCGCCGCCGUCAGACUCCUGGCGCCAUCCGCCAGGCCACCAUUCCCCGCCACGCUGGCCGCGACAGCCGCUGCCGGGCUCCUCCUCCUCUCCCCACUGACGCCGCCGCCUUCCCACGCCGCCGCCGCCGACCCAGAUCCGUCGUCAUUCAAGGUGUACUACGGCACCGCGGCGAGCGCGGCCAACUACGGCGGGUACGGCGGGAACGCGAGCAAGAAGGACGCGGCGGAGUACGUGUACGACGUCCCGGGGACGUGGAAGGAGCGACUGGUGUCCAAGGUGGAGAAGGGCACCAACGGGACCGACAGCGAGUUCUACAACCCGAGGAAGCGGUCCGAGCGGGAGUACCUCACCUUCCUGUCCGGGUUCCGCGCGCUGGCCCCCAUCGGCGCCGUGCUCGACAACCUCGCGCUCUCCGACGUCGGGCUCCAGGACCAGAUCUCCACCGCCGACGAGGUGCGCUCCACGGAGGAGCGGAAGGAGGACGGGCAGGUGUAUUAUGAGUACGAGGUGGCCGGCGCCGGCGCGCAUAGCCUGAUCUCGGUGACUUGCGCCAGGAACAAGCUGUACGCGCAUUUCGUGACGGCGCCGAACCCUGAGUGGGGGAGGGAUGAGGAGGUUCUUCGCCGGUUGCAUCAGUCGUUCAAGACCGUCGACUUCUCCGGCACGAGCUAGUCGCCGGCGUGGACUGCCGGGUACGUGUUUGUAAUUAAGCAGUUUUGUAUAGGUUGUGAUUGAGGAGUGAGGAGGCCGGUGAUGAUCGGUGUGGGUGUAAGGACGAACAUGUACGUAUGAUCGAGGACUGAGUACUUAAUUCUGAUCUGUAAAUUACUUUCUUCCAGACUGAAUGAAUGGGGUGUUUAGCACGGCCGUUGCGAAUGGAA